CAACAAUACUGUUGGGUCUGUGUAUUUCCUGUCUUACUCCACAGUGUGUCUAUUUGUAAUUGUAAUCCAAUCUCAUGAAGACGAAACCAGUUUUAAUGCACAAGACAUUUGUUGAUGAUGGGGUGUGAUAUGAGGCGUGAACUACUACAAGAAUAAUGUUCAAGACACAGCAUGUCACUCCUUUGUAUUAUUAUGUGGAAGUUUAUUACCCAUAACCAAAAUAAACACACCACAUAUCCUCUUCCUCUGUCAUGAUGAUGACCUCGCCUUUAUGGUAACGGUGACAGGCCUGCACUGGCCACAACACCGCCCCCCCCCCCCCCUUUGUCAAAGACAAUACAAAUAAAAUGGCUUUAUGAACUCAUUUGCAUUUCUUCCCAGUCAUUGUGUGAAUCGAAUGUAUUAUUGGCAGCGUGAUGAUAAAGUUAAAAAGGAUUGAAACUGUAUUUUAGUACCGUUUCCUCCAUACACGUUUAGCUACUCCUAGCGACAAUUAUUUGAAUGUUCAUCUUAACACAAUGCUGAUGUUUACAGAGACAGUAAUACUUGAUUGCAAACAUCAACAGUUGAAGUCGGAAGUUUACACACACCUUAGCCAAAUACAUUUAUACUCAGUUGUUCACAAUUCCUGGCAUUUAAUCCUAGUAAACAUUCCCUGUUUUAUGUCAGUUAGGAUCACCAAUGUAUUUUAAGAAUGUGACAUGUCAGAAUAAUACUAGAGAGAAUGAUUUAUUACAGCUUUUAUUUCCUUCGUCACGUUUCCAGUGGGUCAGAAGUUUACAUACACUCAAUUAGUAUUUGGGAGCAUCGCCUUUAAAUAGUUUAACUUGGGUCAAACGUUUCUGGUAGCCGUCCACAACCUUCCCACAAUAAGUUGGGUGAAAUUUGGCCCAUUCCUCCUGACAGAGCUGGUGUAACUGAGUCAGGUUUGUAGGCCUCCUCGCACACUGGAGGGGGCCGGACACUGUGCUGUCUAACCUCCAAACGAGCUUCAAUGCCAUACAACACUCCUUCCGUGGCCUCCAACUGCUCUUAAACGCUAGUAAAACCAAAUGCAUGCUUUUCAACCGAUCGCGGCCUGCACGCGCAUGCCUGACGAGCAUCACCACCCUGGAUGGUUCCGACCUUGAAUAUGUGGACAUCUAUAAGUACCUAGGUGUCUGGCUAGACUGUAAACUCUCCUUCCAGACUCAUAUCAAACAUCUCCAAUCGAAAAUCAAAUCAAGAGUCGGCUUUCUAUUCCGCAACAAAGCCUCCUUCACUCACGCCGCCAAACUUACCCUAGUAAAACUGACUAUCCUACCGAUCCUCAACUUCGGCGAUGUCAUCUACAAAAUUGCUUCCAACACUCUACUCAGCAAACUGGAUGCAGUUUACCACAGUGCCAUCCGUUUUGUCACUAAAGCACUUUAUACCACCCACCACUGCGACUUGUAUGCUCUAGUCGGCUGGCCCUCGCUACAUAUUCGUCGCCAGACCCACUGGCUCCAGGUCAUCUACAAGUCCAUGCUAGGUAAAGUUCUGCCUUAUCUCAGUUCACUGGUCACGAUGGCAACACCCAUCCGUAGCACGCGCUCCAGCAGGUGUAUCUCACUGAUCAUCCCUAAAGCCAACACCUCAUUUGGCCGCCUUUCGUUCCAGUACUCUGCUGCCUGUGACUGGAACGAAUUGCAAAAAUCCCUGAAGUUGGAGACUUUUAUCUCCCUCACCAACUUCAAACAUGUGCUAUCUGAGCAGCUAACCGAUCGCUGCAGCUGUACAUAGUCUAUUGGGAAAUAGCCCACCCAUUUUCACCUACCUCAUCCCCAUACUGUUUUUAUUUCUUUACUUUUCUGCUCUUUUGCACACCAAUAUCUCUACCUGUACAUGACCAUCUGAUCAUUUAUCACUCCAGUGUUAAUCUGCAAAAUUGUAAUUAUUCGCCUACCUCCUCAUGCCUUUUGCACACAAUGUAUAUAGACUCCCCUUUUUUUGUACUGUGUUAUUGACUUGUUAAUUGUUUACUCCAUGUGUAACUCUGUGUUGUCUGUUCACACUGCUAUGCUUUAUCUUGGCCAGGUCACAGUUGCAAAUGAGAACUUGUUCUCAACUAGCCUACCUGGUUAAAUAAAGGUUAAAUAAAAAAAUAAGAAAUAAAACACGCUUUUUCUAGUUCUGCCCACACAUUUUCUAUAGGAUUGAGGUCAGGGCUUUGUGAUGGCCAGUCUAAUACCUUGACUUUGUUGUCCUUAAGCCAUUUUGACACAACUUUGAAAUUAUGCUUGGGAUCAUUGUCCAUUUGGAAGACUCAUUUGCGACCAAGCUUUAACUUCCUGACUGAUGUCGUGAGAUAAUAAUUGAAUGGUGAAUUUUGGCCCAUAAUUAUUGGAAUGUUCAUCUUAACAUGCUGAUGUUUACAGACACAUUAGUACUUGAUUGCAGAUAUUAUAUUUACAAAUAAAGAGAUCUCCUUAAUUAAGUCAUGAACUAAUUCCAGGACUCAUAUUAUCGCCCAUCUAUAAUUAAAUGAUCAUCCUCUAUGUUGUAUCAGACACGAGAUAGAGAAUAAACAUUACCAUACAAUUCAUAACACAAGUUACAUAACAAAUGAUUUGGGUGGGAGAGCUGAAUGGGGGGACAUUGGGACACCUGUUCCUUUGUGUGCUGAGGUGAACCCUCAGCUUAUUUCCAUAGCCCAGUACGUGUAUUGUCUGCAGAGCUGUGGUACACUAUCGUCUGAUGCCCACUGGUUGCACUUGUUGCGUAGGUUGGCACACCACAGCUCUGAGGUGAAAUGUCCCCUCGGUACAGAUCUAGGAUCAGCUUCCCCUCCCCCAAGCUUAACCUUAACCAUUAGUGUGGAAAAUAAUACACUGACCCAGGAUCAGCUUCUAUGGGCAAAUUCACCCUCCACCACAGCCAUUUACUGUGGCUCACGUCUGUUUUGUAUCCAACCCCCUGCAGGUAAAGUAGCUCUGUACCACAAGAGUUCACCUGCUCUACUGACCACCUCAUUUGCUCCAAAGUUUAUGGAUCUCACUCAUGGUCUUCUCUGUUCUCUAGGAAUAUUUCUACAACACUUUAGUUUGAUUGCACAAUCAAGAAUAUCAUUGAAUCCUCGUGUCACUUCUAAUGUAUCAGAGAUCUUUGUUGCAGGAGAACUGUGUUCAAACUUGAAAACAGUCUGGAGCUGUAAGAUUUUCAGUGGAUUCUCCAACAGCAAGUUAUGAUAUGACAUGACAUUACAUCAACAUAAGUGUUUAACUAUGCAAAUUAGUCUGUAUAUAUUCAACUUGUUCCAGCUGGUGAAGAGAUGCCAUCGCUAUGGGAGUGAGGAAACAAAGCUUUGCUCUGAACAGUUCUUCAGCCAUAUGAUUGAAACGGUCAAGAACUUGUAGCUUGCUGCUUGAUGGCAGCCAAGGAUUUUUCCAAAAUGGAGUCUCAACGAUGGUGGGUCUGUUCCCACCAGGUUCUGUUCAUCAUCUGCUGCAUCAUGGUACAGGCGCCAUGCCUGAGAUGUAAGAUAGUGGUGAACUGCACCAACCCCAACACCAUAUCCCUUCUGGCCGCCCUGGAGAACGUCAUGAAGCUGUACUCCAUACGACCUGUCAUGAACCUCUCAACCCCCACCAACAUCAGCAUGUACUUCACUCUCUACGGCAUCCUGGGUGUGGAAGAAAAAGCACAACUGUUGAACACCUACAUUUGGCUGGUGAAGGAAUGGGAGAAUGAAUUUUUCAGCUGGGACCCAGUCCAAUGCGGCUCUGCCAAUAUUUCUCUCCCCAGGGAAAGGUUCUGGUCACCAGAUGUGGUAAUCAAUGAAUUUAUGGAUGAAAACAGAGCUCCCAUCGUCCCUUAUGUGUACAUUAAGCACACUGGUAAAGUGCGAGACGCCGAACCUGUCAGAGUGGUUAGCUCCUGUAACCUGGACAUCUACACCUUCCCCUUUGAUGUCCAGAACUGCACCUUCACCUUCAACUCCUACAUCCACCGCGUGUCGGACAUAAGGAUUAUUUUAGGGAAGAAGGUGGAGGACAUCCUGAAACGCUCCAUUAGCGUGUUGUCCACCGAAGGGGAGUGGGAGCUGAUGGACAUCAAAUCCAGGAGAUUCAAUUUAUCAGCACUCGAUCAGGGAGAAAGCAACCCCUAUGAUGAGCUCUGCUUCUACAUUGUCCUGAGGCGCAGAGCAACCCUCUACGUGGUGAACCUCCUGAUCCCCAGCUGCUUCCUCAUCACUGUGGAUCUCUUCAGCUUCCUGCUGCCUCCCCAGAACGCGGACCGCUCCUCCUUCAAGAUGAGCCUUAUUUUUGGUUACUCCGUCUUCCUGCUCAUCGUGAAUGACCUGCUGCCAGUCACAGGAAGCACCAUACCAUUGAUAAAUGUGUUCUUCGCCAUCUGCUUGGCUCUGAUGGUGGCCAGCCUGCUGGAGACUAUUCUCAUCACCAACCUCCUGGUCGGCUCCAGUAACUUCCACCCAGUGCCUGGCUGGGUCCGAGUGAUCGUCCUGCGCUUCAUGGGCACCCUCGUCUUGCUGCCUCAGAAAUCCGGAGAGGACAAGAUCAUCCUCAAUCCAGUUGCAAGAGAAACAGACGUGAAAAUCUGCCCUCUAGUGACGGUGGAGAGACAGGUUCAAACAGGAGAACCAGGUAAGAUGUGGGCAGAGGCAGGCGAUCCAGCCCUGGCGGAGCUGAGGAAUCUGGGCAAUGAGCUCCAGUCCAUCCGCCUCCAGGUGGCCCAGCAUGUGGACGGGAACCAGAUCUCCCAGGACUGGAUGCAGGUGGGCUACAUCCUCGACCGGCUGCUGUUUGGCGUCUACUGCAUCUUCAUUACCUUCAGCUUCAUCGUCAUCCUCAGCAUCUGGAGUAAUUAUCUGAAGUAAUUUGUACAACCAGUGAUGUAAUUAAAAAAAUAGGUGGUUAAACGCCAUUCUUUGUGAAAAAAGUAACGCUCCCGUAUUUUCUUAGCGUUUUUUCAUGAUGGGUGGCAAAAUGUUUGUGUAAAAUACAAAAUGUGAGGAAAAAGUUCUUACCCUCCACUACACCACCGUGUACAAGACUUAGGAGUCUCCCAUGUUGUCAACUGCUGUUUAAAUUUAAAAACAAUUACCUUAAAAUUAGCAUAACUUCAACGAUCGCUUGUUUGAUCUUCUGCCUGCACUGAGUAGGUGUGUUGACUUAUAUAUUACUAUAUUAGAGGAAAUAUAUUUUUAUUUGUCAAAUAAACAUAC